AUGGUUCAGAUCCACACCAUCGCUGCCGCUGCCGUCAUCGGCGCUGCCACCUACACCUCGGCUACCCCCGUUGAGCGCGCCGAAGCCCUCGAGGCCCGCACCUUCGGCAUUGCCAGACACUUGUUCGAGAAGCAGGAGCGAUACUGGAGCCGCAUUGCCCCUUGGAACCACGCCUCGAUCCCUUCCUUCACCUUCGGCUGCUCGGCCCCCGGUAUUCCUGUCUGGACAGGACGUGACAAGAGCCAGUGCAAAUGGUUCUGGAACAAGUGGACUCCAUUCUGCCAGAAUGGUAAUCAGCCCGCCCCGCAGCCCUCCACCCCCCAGCCCGGCACCGACACCUGCGUCGAUGGCUACCAGCAGGUCUACAACAACUACCAAGUGGUCGCCGAGUCCGGCGUCUACCAGGGCAAGACCGUCGGUGCUGCUACCAUGGACAACGACAACUACCUCACCUACCUCCUCGUCUCCGACCUGGACAAGUGCCUGCAGGCUUGCGACGACACCAAGGGCUGUGUCUUUGUCAACCUCUACCAGGACAACGCCGACCAGCCCUCGGACGUCAGCGGGCUGCCCCCAUCCGUUCAGCCCAAGUUCGUCAAGGGCAACCUCACCUGCGCUCUCUACAAGGCCUGCUCCGGCACCGACAAGGCCAACAACUACGGCGGUCAGCAGGACCCUACCUUCAUCACCGAUUCCAGGGCUUACUGUAAGGGCGGCAAAUGCUAA